AUGCAGUGGGUCACUCUGACAGUGGCCCUGGGGUGUGUGUGUCUGUCCAGGGCGUCACACACCCCCACCCCUACCCCCACCUCCACACACACCCCUCUAGUGGACAACUCUGAGGAGGAAGUGGACGAGCCGUGCUUCGAGCCGUGCACGUGCGAGGUCAAAGAAGGCGUGCUGCACGUGCACUGCGAUGGGCGGAGCUUCACUAAUGUCAGCCAGGUGUCACAGUCGUGGGUCCGCCCUUUCAAACUCAACCUCCAGAGGAACUCUCUGAGGCGUCUCUAUAGCAACGGGUUUCAGCACCUUGGCAACGCAGUGUCGAUAAACCUUGGCAACAAUGCACUCCAGGACAUCAAAGUGGGAGCUUUCCACGGGUUGGCCAAACUAAGACGCCUGUACCUCCACGAGAACAAGCUGGAGGUCUUCAGAAAUGAUACCUUCGCUGGCUUAGAGGCUCUGGAAUACCUCCAGGCCGACUACAAUGUGAUCAAACGAAUCGACAGCGGUGCUCUGAGGUUUCUCUACAAGCUCCGGGUUCUCAUCCUCAACGACAACCUGAUCCCUGUCCUGCCUGCUCAUCUGUUCAGAUCUGUGUCUCUGACUCAUCUGGACCUGCGGGGAAACCGUCUGAAGAGCCUGGCAUAUGCUGGGACCCUGGAGUAUGUUGGUCGUUCCCUAAUGGAGCUACAGCUGGAGGAGAAUCCCUGGAACUGUGGCUGUGAGGCAGUGCAGCUCCAGCAGUGGCUGGGUCAGAUCCCCUACACGGCUGUAGUCGGGGACGUUACCUGCGAAUAUCCCUUUCAUCUUCACGGCAAGGACCUGAGGGAAAUUCCACGCAAAGAGCUGUGUGCUGACCUCCCAGACAAAGAGCUACAAGCAGAGGGGGGUGGUCCAUCAGCGGGAUCACAGCCCCAACAUUUGCCCCCAAACUCUAAACCCAACUCCCACCCUGGGCGUGUCAGGCCGACUAAACCCUCCUCCAUGGUUCACGGCUCCCGCCAGAACACUCAUCCCUCCUCCACUUCGUCGUCCUCUUCCUCAGCGGAGCGUAAAGACAGGGAGAGGCAACCAAGGCCGACUAAAAGGCCUCGGCCGUCCAGAACAUCCCCCACACCUCGAAGUCUGAUGCCCAACCAGAAUCCCCCCGUGGCUGGCUACCAAACACGACCCCCCAUCCCCAUAAUUUGUCCCCUGGGUUGCACUUGCAACCUGCACAUCAUAGACCUCGGCUUGACCGUCAACUGCAAGGAGAACGGCUUCCUCAAUGUGUCCCAGCUCACACCCCGGCCUCUCAAUGGCCGCAAGCUGUACCUGAGUGGAAACUUAAUCCAGAGGAUCUACCGCACAGACUUCUGGAAUUUCUCCAGCCUUGACCUGCUUCACCUGGGGAACAACCGGAUCUCGUACAUCCAGGACGGGGCUUUCUCCAGCCUCACAAGCCUGAGGAGCCUCUACCUGAAUGGGAACAACCUGGAAAUGCUCAGUCCCCACAUGUUCUUGGGGCUGCAGAACCUGCGGUACCUUUAUUUUGAGUACAACGAGAUCCAUGAGGUAGAUCCCGGGACCUUCAACUCCAUGCCGUCCCUCCAGCUGUUGUUCCUCAACGCCAACCUGUUGCGGAGCCUCCCUCUUGGUGUUUUUUCUGGAGUUAAUCUGGCUCGACUCAAUCUACGAAACAACCACCUUCUGCAGCUUCCGAUGGAGGGCGUGCUGGAGCACCUUACCGGACUGGUACAGGUGGACCUGCAGCAGAACCCCUGGGAGUGCAACUGUGAAGCAGCUCCACUCAAGCGUUGGCUGGAGGGGCUCAGCGCGGUGGUGGUGGUGGGAGAGGUGGUCUGUCAUUCCCCGGAAAAGACCAAAGGAGUAGACCUCCGCUCCCUCUCCAUGGAGUUGCUCUGCCCUGAGCUGGAGCCCCAGGAGGACCAGGAGCACGAGCAGCAGACAGCAACCUCCACAGCCGUAGACAGCGGCGUUUCGCUUGGCUACCCCAGCUCGGGGCUGGGCCCCCUGAUCCCUCCGGGGAAGGAUUCAAUCCCUCUGUCGGUGUUAGUGCUCAGCCUGCUGGUGUUGUUUGUGUCUGCGUUCUUUGCGGCAGCGGCACUAAUCGCCUACGCCCUGAGGAGGAGGGACAAGCUGCCGUUCCGUCGCCAAGGAGAGGUAGACUUGGCGGGCAUCCAGAUGGAGUGCGGAAUCUUCACCGAGCAGACGCACCACCAUCACCACCACCAUCACCACGGCCUCCCCGAGACGCCGCCCCUGCCUCCGGCCGAACACAACCACGUCUACGACACCAUCUUGCCCUCGGAGGCUGCGUCGAAAGGUCCCAACCCCGCUUCCGCCCCACACAUGUGUAGCAACCCCAUCUACAAAGAGGAGCAGGAUGCAUCGGUGAAACAGCGGCCGCCGCCGCAGCAGCAGCCGCAGCAGCAGCAGACGUUUGCAGCUUCCAAAGAGAGCGAGGCAGGAUACUGCUCUGCAGCAGAGAAGGAGAGGGAGUGGACUCUGGAAGUGUCCUCAUCACCCAUCAACACCGUCACAGGAGCAAUUGGGCCGCUCCCCGGCCUCCACGGGAACGGCAUCCUCUGCCCCACAGUGAUCGACAGCCAGGGACCCACCCCUAAGGUCGAACUGGUGGACUGCCUCUUCAGACUCCCCGCCACCGAGUUCAGAGACCUGCCAGACAGGUACGCGAGGCCGCCGCCCCGAUACCCUCACCCCCAAGACUCCAAACAGGACGCCAGACCCGACCAAACGCUCGUGGUCACCACCGCCAGCUCAACAUCCGGCGGUGGUAACAGCAGCCAGAGUGAGCAGGGAGCGGGAGAGCAAAGAGCCAGACUGAGGACCACACCAGACUACAUGGAGGUGCUGGACCGGUCUUACCAGUUUUAA